GGUUUCCUGAACAUUUUGAAAGUGAAGGUUGCUGAGGGCUAAAAGGAAUUGAGAAAACUCAGAAAUAAUCUUCAAUUUUCAACAAUAUAAUUUUGCUCAUAGUCCGAAUUUCUUUUAGUUGCAAUAAAUCAUUUUUUUAGACAUUUAUAUGCAAUAGACAUCUUGAAAUCGGUGUGUAUGUAUCAUUUAGUAAUAUCAUAAACGAUUCAUUGUUUAUCAAAACUUACACAAAUUUAAUUUCAUUAACAGUUGAUUAUGCUUCGUUCAGUUAAUUUAACCAAAACUUUUAUAAGGAGUUACGUUAAAUUACCUCUUGGAAUCUGCCGAGAAAAGUCAGUGAAAUGUUACGAAUUAAAGUCUAGGAGUGUUCUCAAAAUAACUGGAAAAGAUUCUUCGUCUUUUCUACAAUCAGUUAUAACAAAUGAUAUGAGAUGCUUGGAAAACAGCUGUCAAUCCCUAUUUGCGUUUAUAUUAAAUCCACAAGGGAGAAUAUUAUAUGAUGUUAUUUUGUAUAGCUAUUUAAGCCAACCUGCACAAUCUUUCUAUUUAGAAUGUGAUCAUUCCAUUAGAAAGGACUUGUUGAUGCUAUUAAAAAAAUACAAGAUUCGAAGAAAUGUUAACCUAGAUCCAGAGGAUUUAACUCUUAUUCAUUGUGAAGAAGAAUUAGCUGAUUGUCCUGGACUGUUAUUGCAAAAUAAAGACCCACGUGUGAAGCAAUUUGGUUAUAGGGCUUUAAUUGAGAAAAAUAAAUUUCAGGAUCAUUUAGAAAAUGAAGAAAACUAUAAAAAGAAAAGAUUUGAAUUAGGAAUAGGAGAGGGAAUAAAAGAUCAUCCAAUUGCUAAAUGUUUUCCAUUAGAAUCAAAUGGUGUUUUCUUACACGCUGUAGCUUUCGAUAAAGGAUGCUAUGUUGGACAAGAAUUGACUGCAAGGACUCAUCACACCGGCGCAACUAGAAAAAGAAUUAUGCCUUUGGAACUCAGCGAACCGAUUAAUGCUCACAGUGCUAUCAUCUGUACAGAGGAAGGAAAGUCCGUUGGAGUUAUUCGAGAUCAUAUUGGUAGGAGAGCUAUAGGCUUAAUGAGAGUUAGGGAGUCAGUUAAUGCAAAAGAACUUUACGCAAAAGAGAAUGUGGAAGGUGAAACUCUUUCAAGAGUCAAGACAAAUAUCCCUUUUUGGUGGCCUAUUGAUAAAGAUGAAAGGUUGAGACAACUUUUAGGGUUAUCGGCUUUACCUGUUUAA